GUCAUUAUUCACAGUGACGAAUGGUUGCUACCUCUAUAUAGAGCCCUUUUAACGCGUAAAAGACUCAAUACUUUUUGAACAAAAAAGACUUAAUAUUUAGAAUUUUAAAAAGAAUGAGUUUGACGCUAAAGCUUCUGUUUCUCCUUCUACUUCUUUUUGUCUGGAGUCAGCAUGUUGAUUCUGGCUCUAUCGUCAAGUUUCUUCCCGGUUUUGAAGGUCCUCUUCCUUUUGAGCUUGAAACGGGGUACAUCGGUAUUGGUGAGAAAGAGGAUAUACAAUUGUUCUACUACUUCAUCAAAUCUGAGAAGAAUCCAAUAGAAGAUCCUCUUCUUAUUUGGUUAAAUGGUGGACCUGGAUGCUCUUCUCUCCUAGGACUUCUUUUUGAGAAUGGACCUCUGGCUUUUAAGUUCGAGGUUUACAAUGGAAAUCUCGCUUCUUUGUUCUCUACUACAUAUUCAUGGACACAGGUGGCUAACAUACUAUUCUUGGAUCAACCUGUUGGAUCUGGCUUCUCCUACUCAAGAACUCCACUUGAUAAAACUAGUGACACAAAUGAAGUUAAGAUGAUCCAUGAGUUUCUUCAAAAGUGGCUAAGCAAGCAUCCACAGUUUUUCUCCAACCCGUUUUACGUUAUCGGAGAUUCUUAUUCCGGUAAGAUUGUUCCAGCACUCGUUCAGAAAAUCUCAAAAGGAAACUAUAUAUGUUGCAAACCUCUAAUCAAUCUACAGGGUUAUGUGCUCGGAAACCCAGUAACAUAUCCUGAAUUUGAGUUAAACUAUCGUAUUCCAUUUUCUCAUGGAAUGUCAUUAAUCUCUGAUGAACUAUACGAGUCAUUGAACAGAAAUUGCAAAGGAGUUUAUGAAAAUGUGGAUCCACGUAAUACAAAGUGUUUGGAACUUGUUGCAGAAUACCAUAAGUGCACUGACAAAAUAAAUCCACAUAAUAUACUAUUGCCAGAUUGCGAUAACGAUGGAAAUUCGGAAAAUAUAUCUCCUGAUUGCUAUUAUUAUCUAUAUUAUCUUAUUGAAAGCUGGGCCAACAACGAGAGAGUUCGUGAAGCUCUCCAUGUUCAAAAGGGGACUAAAGGACAUUGGAAGCGAUGUAACAGAACUAUUCCGUACAGUCCCGACAUUAUAAGCAGCGUACCUUAUCAUAUGAAUAACAGCAUCAGCGGAUACCGGUCUCUUAUUUAUAGUGGUGAUCAUGACAUGACGGUGCCUUCCAUAGCAACUCAAGCCUGGAUCAAAUCCCUCAAUUACUCCAUCAUUGAUGACUGGAGGCCUUGGAUGAUAAAAACUCAAAUUGCUGGAUACACGAGAACUUAUUCCAAUAAGAUGACAUUUUCUACUAUCAAGGUAAGUCUUCUUCGUUUUGAUUAUAGGGAAGUGGACACACGGCAGAGUAUAAACCAAACGAGACAUUUAUUAUGUUUCAAAGGUGGAUCAGUGGUCAGCCUUUGUAAUAGAGACUCAUGGCUUUGAAGCGCAAUUUUUUAUACUAUGAAAGACUCAUUUUGAAAACGCUCAAUGCAGAUACUCUUGUAUGUUUUUUUUAUUGCAUCUACAUUUUUCAUAACCUUUUUCGGUGCUAUGCACAUUUUUCAUCAUCAAUCCAUGAAACAUUUAUAUGAUAGAUUACCGAUUUGCUUGCCUA